AAACCCUCGUUUGCUUUCUGGGCGACCCAAAUAAAAGGAGUCGCGAUCCCUCCACCCCGUCUUCCUCUCUCAAUCCUAAAUCCUUCAGCUAAACAGCUUCCUGGAUUCUAAUUUCAAUCCUUUUUUCACUGCCCUUUUACUCUUUUCAGGUGCAGAUCGUAUCUGUUUCUCUCCGUCGCCUGAAAUCUGAGAUUUUUUCGAGCGAACUUUGGGAGUAGUUUUGAAGUCCUGAGUUCUCGAUUUUGUGCCGAGAAGUCCGUGCUGGAGAUCGCGAUUUUCCUGUUUGAUUCCCUAUUUUGGAUCGUCAGUUACUCUCUCCUUUUUUUUUUUUUCAUUUUGAUUCAUUUGAUUUUUGGAUCAUCGUGAUUGGGAAUCGAUGGGGAAGAAGAUGAAGACCAAGGCGCGGAACCCUCGCAAGGUGCAUCCGCGGGCUCCGUCCGGAUCUGCCCAACCCAUCGUUGGGACGACCGAUCCGAAGGAGAACAGUGAGUAUGAAAAUGUGAGGCAUGAGCAGUGCGGUCAUUACGGUAAGGGUAGUGCCGAGGUGAAUCAGAUUCUUUCGGAAAUUUUGUCAUCGAAGGUUGCAGUGGCUUGUGAGCACUGCAGGGAAGAGCCUGCUGCUAAGAGAGGCGGGGGUAAAAAGGGUAAACAUCAGAAAAAGAGAGAAGGGGCGGUGAAGAACUCGGAGAUAGGACCGGAGUCGCACUUAAUUUGGGUCUGUUUGGAUUGCAAUCGCUAUUUCUGUGGGGGAGCAGUGAGCGAUUCGGUGCCCUAUGGCCAUGCCCGUCGGCACUCGAAGCAGGAGCGCCAUGCUUGCGUGGUGCGAUUGGACAAUCCUACGAUCGGAUGGUGCUUCUCGUGCAGUUUGGCAGUCUGUGUUGAGCUGCCACAUGUUGUGGUUGAUGCAGGAGAGGUUAAAUUAGAAGAUGGAAGGGUUGAAGGUGGUGGGAUCGAGCCUCCAACACCAGAGGGCAGCAAGGGGUAUAAGAUCAGAGGGUUAUCCAAUCUUGGGAACACAUGUUUCUUCAAUUCGGUGAUGCAGAACCUUCUUUCCAUAGAUAUGUUGCGGCAUUACAUGGUGAACUUGGAUAGGCCUAUAGGGCCACUUACUAUGGCAUUGAAAAAACUGUUUGAUGAAACCAGAGGUGGGACAGAUUCGAAAAGUGUGUUAAGUCCAAAGAAUCUUUUUGGAUGCAUUAGUUCAAAGGCCCCGCAAUUCAGGGGGUACCAGCAGCAGGACAGUCAUGAAUUGCUACGUUGCUUGCUUGAUGGGUUGUAUGUAGAAGAGAGAAGUUCAGACAAAACACAAGAUUCUUGGAAUGAUCAAAAUAUGGCUACUUCAAAUUUGGGGAGCACUGUGGUGGAUAACAUCUUUGGUGGCCAGCUAUCAAGUACUAUCUGUUGUGCUGAAUGUGGGCAUACUUCCAUAGUCCAUGAACCAUUUCUGGAUCUAUCAUUGCCAGUGCCUUCAAAGAGGAUUACUUCUAAGAAGGCUCCACCACCUCCACCUAAAAGGAGUAAGCCACCUUUGAAAGAAAGGGAUAAAUCUCGGAGGUUCCGAGAAAAAGGUAGUGCAAGAGGAUCUGUGGUCAUGGAACAAUAUCGACCGGAAGAAAGAGUUACUUCAUCAGUGGAGUGUAGUGAGUCAUCCGGUAAUGCAUCCAAACCAGAAGAAAAUGCUGAUUUGAUAUUAAAUGACUCAGAUAAAAGUAACCAUCUCAGUGCUGCACCAGGAACAGAACAAAAUAUUGCUUCGGAGGCAGAGGAUUCCUCAUGGAUGGAUUAUCUUGCAGAGCCCACUAUGACACCGGAUGCUCUAGAUUUGGGUUCCCAAACUUGUGGGAACUCUGUUUUGCAUUUUUCUGAGAGUGGUCAGAUAUUCCAGAGUGAAAAUAAUAUUCCAGUGGAGUCAGAGGUUGACAAUUCUCCCAAGGAGCUGAUGGUGUCUUCAGAUUCUUGUGGAGAAAACCCAAGCAGAAAUGAUAUCUCUUCUUCAUGUGCAUAUGAUUCUGGGGUUAUUUUACUUCCUUAUGAUGUGCUGGAUCGUACCACAAAUGCUAUGACUGGUGUGACUUCUCAAAAUCCUGAUAACAUGUCUUCAUCUGAUAAUUUAAUGAAGGAACCAAGUGUGCAGGCUGCAUCUAUUGUUGAUUCUGAACAAGCAGAAGUUGACUUUGAUGGAUUUGGUGACUUAUUUAAUGAGCCAGAGGUUACUUCUGAACUCAACAGAGAUAUUGGCAUGGCUGAAGAGAUGGCUGUGACACUUUGGGCUAAUAACAGCAGUGAGUCUAAUCAGGAGGAGGUGGACGAUAGUAAUGCUCAAGUAUCAAUUGAAAGUUGCCUGGUGUUAUUUACCAGUGUAGAGCUUUUGUCUGAUGAGGAUGCUUGGUACUGUGAGCACUGUUCUGAGGUGUUGUCCAAUGAGAUGACUACUGAUAGAACUAGCAAGAGCCAGACUUUAGCAACACUUGGUCAGUCCGACAUAAUGAAACCUUGUGUUGAUGAUGCUCAAGGCACAAGUGAAAAUGUUUCUUCCAAUUUGCAUGUGGAUUGCCUGAAUUCAACUGAUUCCAAAGAAUUAGGCACCAGGGAAACAGAAUCCACCUUUGCUGACAUUGAGUUACAUCCACAAAGGCCUGAUACUGACCUGAAAUCACUUGAUAUUGUUGGUGAAACGGAAAAAAUGAGAUGUAAAAAUGGAGAAAUCAUAGAAAUCAUUACUGGGAGUAACAUAAUGAUGCCAGGCUCCAUAUUGUGUGAUCAAAUAAGCAAACCAAUUGUUGUUCUAGAGGAUCAGGAAUUGGUAGAUUCUGGGUUUGAUAAUCAAACCACAAGUGGUAAGGAAGAUGUUCCAACUAGUGGACAAGCUCUAGGUAAUACUUUGACUAGUUCCCCAGGUAAUACUGGAGCAAGCUUGUCGAAUUCCUGCAGAAAUGACAACCUUGAUGUUAAUCAUGUACCCAAAAAAGGUUCAAAUUAUUUGAGUCAAACUCAUCCAGGCAGAGAUAGAAGGGUCAAAAAAGAGGAGCCUACAAAGAGGAAAGUGAAGAGGGAUGCAACUAAAAGGAUUCUGAUUAACAGAACACCACCUAUUUUAACUAUACAUUUGAAGAGAUUUAGUCAAGAUGGACGUGGCCGGUUAACUAAGUUGAGGGGCCAUGUAUUCUUCCAGGAGAUGCUUGACUUGAGGCCAUAUCUGGAUUCGAGGUGCAAGGAAGAAGAGAAGUGCACGUAUCGACUGCUUGGGGUGGUGGAGCACUCAGGGAGUGUGUCAGGUGGCCACUACAUAGCUUAUGUGAGAGGUGAAAGGAACAGCGGCAAAGCUCAUCAGGACAAAAUUUUGCCCUCCUGGUUUUAUGCUAGUGAUGCUCAUGUCAGGGAGGCUUCUCUGUCAGAAGUCCUUAAGUGUGAGGCCUAUAUUCUGUUCUAUGAAAAGAUGUAAACAAUGAUUUUGUUCACGAGGAAAGCCACUUUCAGGCAGGUGCAGAAAGUUAACUACAGAAGCAUGCAUGCCAUAGGAAAGCCCCAUGGUCUACAACAACACAAGCACUGUGGAUGUUAUUUCUUUUGGAUUCUUGGGUUUUGGCUUUCCACCUCAUUGCAAAUUCCAUUGGGAGAGGCAACGAGACCACGAGUUUAUUUUCACCCAUUAAUUUUUCCCCUCAGAUGACGCCUACAAAGUGGAAUGUUGUUUGAGCUGACUAUACCGUUUGUAUCCCAUAUUUUGAAAGAUGGGGUUACAUUAAGAGCAAUGAUCUAUAUACAUGUGAAUCCUCCAUUUUUCAUUUGGAUGUCAGAUUUCUAUUCUUGAGGUUAUACAUUUAGCUGUCUAGGCUAUUGGUUUAAAACUGACAAGUUACCAAUCUAAGAGCCUGCUGAACUCAUUUUUUAUUUUUCAUAG